AUGGCGAUGCUUAAUCUGGGUGAGGUCUGGGCGGACAUCAAGUUGUACCGCCGGGCCUACCUGCUUACUGCCGUUGCCUCAUUCGGCGGCAUGCUGUUUGGCUGGGACACUGGCUUGAUCGGAGGUGUCUUGACCAUGGACUCGUUCCAGAAUUCCUUCAACCUGCACAAGGGCAGCCCCGACUUUGCCAAUCUACAGGGCAACAUUGUGUCUGUACUGCAAGCAGGUUGCUUUUUCGGCGCAUUGGCGAGUUUCUACGUUUCGGACACAUUUGGCAGGAAAUGGGCGCUUAUUAUCGCCGACAUCAUCUUCAUUGUCGGAUCCUUGAUCCAGACACUGUGUGGGCUUGGCACGUCGAAUCUUGCCCAGUUAUACGUCGGACGUGUGAUUGGUGGAUUUGGAGUUGGUUUGAUCUCUGCCGUCGUACCUACCUACAUUGGAGAGAAUGCCCCCCGAGCAAUUCGAGGUCGUUGCAUUGGUUGCAUGCAACUUUUCAACGUCACCGGCAUCUGUUUGUCCUUUUUCGUCAACUACGGCAUCGCUCUGCACAUCACCAGCCCCACUGAUCCCACCAAAUGGCGAGUACCUUUUGCACUGCAAAUGCUGCCUGGAGCCAUCCUGCUUGCGGGCAUUGUUUUUAUGAACGAAUCGCCCCGCUGGUUGGUAGAAAAGAACCGGAUCCAUGAGGCUGCUGAGGCGCUGGCUACAGUGCGCGGCAAGAGGGUCGACGACCCCGAGGUUAUUGAGGAACUUGAUGAGAUUAUUGCAGACUUCAACGGACACGAGAAGAUGCCAUUGGUUGCCCAGAUUAAGGCGUCCUGCUCGGGCAAGAAGAUGUUCUACCGGUCGUCAUUUGUUGUCAUUCUCAUGUUUUGGCAGCAGUGGACUGGCACAAACUCGAUCAACUACUACGCCCCGCAGAUCUUCCAGCAGAUUGGUCUUACCGGUAAAUCAUCGGGCUUAUUUGCGACCGGUAUCUACGGCAUUGUCAAGAUUGUGGUAACGGCCAUUGGGCUAAUGGCGUUUACCGAGCAGCUCGGACGCAAGUGGUCUCUGAUCAUCGGGUCCCUCGGGCAAGCGUUUGCCAUGUUCUACAUCGGGGUCAACCAGGCGGUGCACCCACCAUCGGGCGACCUAGACGGGAACGCAAUAUUUGCCAUUGUGUGCGUAUACCUGUUUGUUGUCUUCUACUCGUUUGGCUGGGGACCCAUUCCUUUUGUGCUGGCGUCUGAGUGCAGUCCGAACCAGGUACGGUCGCUGCUCAUGGCGGCCUCGCUCAUGACUCAGUGGCUGUUCAACUUUGUGAUUGCAAAGAUUACGCCAUUGAUGCUGGACAACAUUACGUACGGAACGUUUCUUUUGUUUGGCUCGCUGUGCAUUGCUAUGGGCAUAUGGACGGUGCUGUGUGUUCCCGAGACCAAGGGCGUGCGGCUCGAGUCAAUUGGCGAGCUGUUCGAGGGCAAUAUCAUCAGAGGGUGUAUCCAGGACACGAUUCCUAGCAAAGCACGGGCGACACAGCUGAGGGACCAUCAUGCGACGGCGGACGAGCGAGAUUCGAUCAGGAGCGGCAAGGCAGGCAAGGCAGGGCGCGUGGAGCAGAUCGAAGACGCUUAG